GAUGCUUUUCUCUUCUCUUCUGUUCUUUUUCUGUUCUCUUCCUUCCCUAUAAGGAUUUUUUCCCUUCGAUGAUUCCUUUCCUCCCUCAAUCCACGCCUCCGAGUAAACAGAGCAUAAUAGUCGUACCUUGAUGUCGCAUGGGCCACCUCACUCAGCCAUCGCGCAGAGCCACCACACCUAGCCGUCGCACGGAGCCAUUCCACCUUGUUGUUGUACAGGGUCGUCGCACUCUAUUGUCGAGGGGGGCGUCACACCUUGUCGUUGCAUGGGCUUGUCACACUUGGUCGUCAUGCGCGUCAACCUCAUCUAAGGCCACCACAUCCAUCGCCUUGAGUCGUUGAUCGUAAUUGCUCAUGCCCAUCGUCCGCAGUCGCUAUUUGUGAUCCUACGAGGCCAUUAUCCAUGGUCACUCAUGCGAAGCCCAAUCACGUUGAGAGAAAUUAAAAUGCACAGUUAAAAGAGGGGAAAUUGCUUUCCGUCGGAUUUGGAGAGAUGAAAAAAAAUUAAUCCAGAAAUAUAUUCUUUAUUCGGUCAGUCCGUUGAGUAAACACACACGCACACAAAAAAAAAGAAAAUUAAUUUAUUUUUUAAACAAAAUAAAAAAAAUCUAUCUUUUUAGAAAUUUUAUUUUCGUAUCGGGCAACGUCUCUAAAACAUAUCCGAACUCCCUAUUAAGUUUGAUGUUGAUUUCCCAACAAUUAAUUCUCAAGACAGUGACUUCAAACACCACGCCAUUCAUUUCUUGUUGGAUUUCCCUGAACCGAGUCAAGCUUGGACACUGCGUGACUAACGAUGGCUCCAUUUCAACGGCUCAAAAUGAUUUGUCGACGCUAUCCCAAGUCACAUGCACGGCCUGCACUUUUUUGUUUUUGUCUUAAUUUGCUCGCAAACCAACACGAACAAUGCCUAUCGUAGAACAUUAUAAUAUUGCCUGACCCAGGCUGACUCAUAUCCAACGUAGUAGUUAAGAUGGAAAAUCAAAAAACUUUAACUUCAUAUGACUGUUCAAUGACAAGGCGACCUAAAACCUACUUUGCACUUACUGAAACGCCUUUUUUUUUUCUUGACAUAUUUUUAAAGUAAACAUAUUUCCUUCCCACCACCGCUUGCCAAUGCACAGUGUAAUAAGAUGGCACUAAGCGAAUUAAGUGAGUUUGUUAUUCAAAAGUGUUCAUCGAUUUAUUAAAAUUGUAUAUAUUGAAUGAAUAUAAUUAAAUUUGGAUAAAAAUAAAAAAAGCGUCUUUAUUUUUAGGGUAGCCGUACAGGAUGAGUACAGGGUUGAGAUUGGACGAACAGUGGCUAUGUGUUCAUCAGAUCAGAUCAGAUCAGAUCACGUGUAAAUUGGAUUUCUAGGACCAUCCGUGACUGAGGGAAUAAACUAAUUUCCCACUUGUUCUGUUCUGGCAAAAGUCCAAUUGGCCUCUCGAGUGUGCGCUUUCGAACUUUGGGUGGUUACACUUUGUUAAUUUCGUUCGUUAAAUAAACCUGCGUCGUCGCCUUCCUCUCCAAGUUUUUUAAGUCUUUAUAUGUAGACAUUGCUUUGCUCCGCAAGGUUUUCUCGCUCUCGAUCCAUUUUUCUUUCCCCCUUCUUCUCUUCUGCUGCCCCUUCCAGUUCGGGGGUUCUUCGCGGAGUCCGAGACGGGCUCUGUGGCUGCCUGUUGAUCGGCAAUCAGGGUGGGUGGAGGGCGCGAUGGGGAAGAAUCCUAGGACAAUCACGGUACCGAGCCACAAGCGGCCGCUGCUUGAUCGCGAGGAUUCCUCUAGUCGUGCUUUGUCAGAUCUUGAACAUGGUGAUGCAAUUCAGCCAGCAAAUGUCACCUUCUGUAGAAUUUUAAAGUUGGCAAAGCCUGAUGCAGGGAAACUUGUUCUUGCAACAUUAGCAUUAUUAAUAGCUUCCACCACAAGUAUUCUAAUUCCAAAGUUUGGUGGGAAGAUAAUUGACAUUGUUUCAAGAGAGGUUCAAGAGCCUGGUCAGAAAUCUGAAGCUUUAGAUGCUGUUAAAAAUACCGUAGUAGAUAUUAUGCUGAUAGUUAUCAUAGGUUCAAUAUGUGCGGCCUUGCGAGCAUGGUUGUUUUACUCUGCCAGUGAGAGAGUGGUUGCUCGUCUAAGAAAAGAUUUGUUUGCUCAUCUUGUAAACCAAGAAAUUGCAUUUUAUGACGUAACUCGCACUGGAGAGUUGCUAAGCAGAUUAUCCGAAGAUACACAAAUUAUAAAAAAUGCGGCAACAACAAAUUUGUCAGAGGCUUUGCGUAACAUUACCACCACACUUGUUGGUCUUGGUUUUAUGUUUUCCACAUCAUGGAAAUUGACAUUGUUGGCACUUGUUGUAGUUCCAGCUAUCUAUAUUGCUGUGCGGAAGUUUGGGCGCUAUCUACGUGAACUUUCCCACCAGACUCAAGCUGCAGCAGCUGUUGCAGCCUCAAUUGCAGAGGAAUCUUUUGGAGCCAUACGCACUGUGAGGUCCUUUGCUCAAGAAGCCUAUGAGAUAUCACGCUAUUCAGAAAAAGUAGAUGAAACAUUGAAGCUUGGACUCAAGCAAGCUAAAGUUGUUGGUCUCUUUUCUGGAGGGCUGAAUGCAGCAUCAACGCUAUCUGUUGUGGUUGUAGUGAUAUAUGGAGCUAAUCUAACCAUAAAUGGAUCAAUGACAACAGGAGAUCUCACAUCUUUCAUCCUUUAUAGUCUUACAGUUGGUUCAUCCGUGUCAGCCUUGUCAGGAUUAUAUACCACAGCAAUGAAAGCUACUGGUGCAAGCAAAAGGGUUUUUCAGCUUUUGGACCGUGUCUCCUCCAUGCCAAAAUCAGGGGAUGUAUGCCCUGUCAGUGAGCAAGAUGGAGAUGUUGAGAUAGAUGAUGUCUGGUUUGCUUAUCCUUCUCGCCCUACUCACAUGGUGCUUAAGGGUAUUACAUUAAAGUUGAAGCCUGGAUCAAAGGUUGCACUUGUUGGGCCAAGCGGUGGUGGAAAAACUACAAUAGCGAAUUUAAUUGAAAGGUUUUAUGAUCCUCUUAUGGGAAAAAUCCUACUUAAUGGUGUUCAACUACCUGAUAUAUCACAUCGUUAUCUUCACAGACAGGUUAGCAUAGUUAGUCAAGAGCCUGUUCUCUUCAAUUGCUCUAUUGAAGAAAAUAUUGCUUACGGAUUUGAUGGAAAAGCCACUGUCAGUGAAAUUGAAAAUGCUGCUAAAAUGGCAAAUGCUCACGAGUUUAUAUCCAACUUUCCUGACAAAUAUAAGACACUGGUUGGUGAACGAGGCAUAAGACUAUCCGGCGGCCAGAAACAGAGAGUAGCCAUUGCGAGAGCCUUACUGAUGAAUCCACGAGUUCUUCUGUUGGAUGAGGCCACAAGUGCUUUGGAUGCUGAGAGUGAAUAUUUAGUGCAGGAUGCAAUGGAUUCCCUGAUGAAAGGAAGGACUGUUCUUGUGAUAGCUCACAGGCUUUCUACAGUCAAGAGCGCAGACACAGUUGCCGUAAUCUCCGAUGGCCAGAUAGCUGAGAGAGGUACCCAUGAUGAUCUUCUCAGCAAGGAUGGUAUUUACACUGCACUCGUGAAGAGGCAAUUGCAAGGAUCCAAAUCUGACACAGCGGAAGAGACAGGCGCAAAACUUAAUGGAGUUGAGGUAUGAUUCAUCUCACUUGGAUCCCGGCAAUGUGAAAGAGUGUGCACUGCUGUGGAUGCAUUGUUGUCAAUUUUUAUGAAUAAGUCGUGUCAAUGUGUGCUUUUGAAGAUGUCUACGAUGUCAAGUUAUCACUUGGCAUUUCUAGAGGUUGGACCUCGCAGUUUUAAUGCUUUUGCAUUGUAACUGGACUGCAACUUUAACAAUGCGUGUGUUCUCACCAUCCGCAACAACUUAAUCCUUUCAAUCUCA